GCGCGUUGGUGUUCUUGCUGACAUGUCCGGACGCGGCAAGCAGGGCGGCAAGGCGCGCGCCAAGGCCAAGACGCGCUCCUCGCGGGCCGGGCUGCAGUUCCCCGUGGGCCGCGUGCACCGCCUGCUGCGCAAGGGCAACUACGCGGAGCGCGUGGGCGCCGGCGCGCCGGUGUACCUGGCCGCGGUGCUGGAGUACCUGACGGCCGAGAUCCUGGAGCUGGCGGGCAACGCGGCGCGCGACAACAAGAAGACGCGCAUCAUCCCGCGCCACCUGCAGCUGGCCAUCCGCAACGACGAGGAGCUCAACAAGCUGCUGGGCAAGGUGACCAUCGCGCAGGGCGGCGUCCUGCCCAACAUCCAGGCCGUGCUGCUGCCCAAGAAGGCCGAGAGCCACCACAGGGGAAAUAAGGAUAGGUUUGGGCCCUGGAUCUGA